CACUCAGACAAACGACGCCUUUCGAUAAGAUUCUAUCUACGUUGGCUUGUUGCCUGCUACCUCUACCUUGUUCGUGAGGCGCCCUCAAUCCUCCGACGUCUUAUACCUAGUAACCUACUCCCUCGUUGCCAGCAUAUCUUGACCGGAAUUUCAUACACAACGCCCGAUCCAGCCACCUCCACGGCCUCGUGCAACUCAACAGCAACAACACGCAACCACUCGUAAUACUCUCACGGUCUAAUACCUCUCAAUCGUCACUUGUUCCGACCCAGCAGGCGGUGCCGUCACCUUCCCGAGCAAUCACGCACUUUUACCCCAUCGGCGACACGUACAUGAGUCGAUAAAGUGCCCCGCGAACAUUUUUGCUCCCAACUUCUUAGUAGCGCACACCUCUUCACAGCACAAACCUCCACUCGAGAACCGCAACAACCGUUGCCCGCCAUGGAGGAGGAGACGAUCCUCAACUUCGUCAGCAUCACGUCGUGUGAUCCCGAUAAGGCGGCCCAGUAUCUGCGCCUAACGGACAACAACAUCGAACAGGCUAUCCAGCUCUACUUCGACAGUCCAAACCUGGACUUCGGGACCACUGCCACCCCGGCACCAGCAGCACCCCCGAGCAACACAGCGCAGAAUCCGAUAUCCAUUGAUUCGGAUGAGGAGAUGUCCGACUUCGACCCCGUUGGUGCCGCCUCUAGCACCCCGCCAGCACGUCUAUCGAACAUAGAAGACGAUGAGGCUAUGGCGCGUCGGUUACAGGAGGAGAUGUAUGGUGGUAUGGAUCCGGAGGCGGGAGUACGAGCGCCGAUGGCCCGGACAACAGAGACCCUGGUCGGACCUGGCUCGAACUGGGGUUCGCGAGACGACGACAUUGAUGCGCUGGUGCAAGAGCAGCUCGCUCGGCGAAGAGCCCCUGGACGACCUGGCAUCUUCAACCAACAACGCACGAAUCACACAUCAGUGUGGGAAAAUAAUGGCGAUACGAGUGCCCGACAACGUGAGCUAGCGACUGCAACAGGAGGCGCGUCCGAAAUCUCCUCAAAGUCCAGCAUGCUGGCAGAGAUGUAUCGACCGCCUUUCGAGAUCAUGUUUCAGCAAUCCUGGGACAAGGCACGAGAUGAGGGCAAGGAAAAUGAGAAGUGGAUUAUCGUGAACAUCCAGGACCCGGCCAUUUUUGACUGCCAAAUCCUCAACCGAGACAUCUGGAAGAACCCAGAGAUCAAGGCUACUGUCAAAGAGAGCUUUGUCUUCAUGCAAUAUGCCAAGGAUGAUCCUCGGGGCCAGCAAUACGUCAAUUAUUACUUCCAUGCUCGGGAUAGCCAAGAUGCGUACCCCCAUAUCGCUAUCGUAGACCCUCGCACGGGAGAGCAGGUGAAGGUCUGGUCCGGUCCACCAGUCCCCCAACCCAUGGAAUUUCACGCCCAGCUUCACGAGUUCCUUGACCGCUACAGCCUAAAAGCAAAUGCCAAGAAUCCUGUGGCUCAACGGAAGGCCGAAAGGAAGAAGGUUGACGUCGACCGAAUGACCGAGGAGGAGCAGCUAGAGAUGGCCCUGCAAAAGAGUCUGGAAAACAGCAAAGGACCUAAGGAUGACGAUCCUGAUGCGCUAACGAAAGAACCCGAGUCAUCUGGCAAAGGCAAGGCCAAGGCGGAAGGAGAGACAAUGGAUACAGCUAAUCCCACGAGCAACGGUUCCGCAAGCUCGCCUUUUUCUCAGAUCUCAGCGUCAAAUCCCCAUGUCGAGCCACCGAACGGCCCCAACACUACCCGUAUCCAGUUCCGAUCAUCAGACGGAAAGAGGGUUGUCCGUAGAUUCAACAGCUCUGAUCCUGUCAGGAGGCUAUAUGAGUGGCUCAAGGCAACUCCGUGGGAGGGCAAAGAAGGAGCAGAGUUUGAUCUCUUCUUUGUUACCGGUGGAUCUAAAAAUCUCAUCGAGUUCCUUGAUUCCACCAUCGAGGAAGCAGGAUUGAAGAACGUAACGUUGAACGUGGAAUUUACUGAGUAAGAACUCUUCAAUCGGCAUCCGCACGGCGUUCAGGAUGGUAUAUGAGGCCGGUGACUGGUGGGAAUGUUUAAUGGGAUCGGAUACAUACAAGGGGGUCGGCAUCGAUGUUAGUCAUCGAAGAGGGGAAGGCUUUGUGGCAGUCCAGGUGGCUUUAGACUAUCCUACUACAUACCCGUGCAUUUGACCAGGCUGGUGUAUCAUACAGGCAUGCACUCUUUUGAAUUCUUAGAGUUACG